AUCGAAGAAUUUUUGAUAAAUCUUAUCAAUUUACAAUAUCAUAUACGUGUGUACAUAAACGGAAAGAUGUGUAUACAGAUUAAUUUAUUUUAAUGUGCAAAAUGAUCGCGAGCAAAAUGAUUUAUGACUUAUCACAUUGACAUAAUAAUUCAACAUUGAUAUGUAUAUAUCGUAUAAUUGCAAUGAAUCUCUUUAAUGACGAAGACCUCUAAAAAUUAGAUACGAAUCACUAUCGACUAUUAUUUAAUGUGUCGUAUUGAAUCAUACCAUAGGUACAUAAAUAGUUAUAACUUGGACAGGGGACCGGUAUUCUAUGAAGCGUACUAUCCAAACAAUCCCGACGCUUUCCAAGAGAAACACUACUUUGAUCGAAACACAAUGUUGGAAACGAGUUUUCAAAUGCCCUUCCGUAGUAAACGUUCAACGAGUUUUAAUAAUGAAAAAAAUUCGCAAGCUGCGAAUAUCGAAGAAAUUUCCAAGCUUGUUAGAAGAGCGAUUUCUCAUGAUCUAUAUAAUUGGAAUAUUCUUCAGGAAUACCUAGAUAGUACCAUUCAUCGAGAUCGAUCAAUGCCUCAGUUGAAUAUAUAUUCUCGAGGAAGUCGCAAAGAUAAGAAAGAUGGUAGUUACACAUUUCCAGUAAAUCGUCAAUCAUUCGAUGUGUCGAAACAAUCAAAUAUCGAGAAAUUGUUACCUUUUCGAAAAUUGGAAACACAUGAUGCAAAACAAGGUUCAGUAUAUUUCAAAAGAAUCGACAGGACUAGAGGAAAUACAAUGACGAAUGGAAUGAGUGUCAGUAAAAUGCAAACUGAUGAUAUCCCGCCGUUGGUUGACAUAAUCUCCGACUCGUUACCUCCGGAGAACAUUUUUCAACCGCGGCCUCAAUUGAUUAGAUAUACAUUUUUCAAGAAACUAACGUCUCCGCGGCUCGAUGAACAAACUGAAAAAACGAUUGACAAGUCUACACCACGAACUUAUGGUGAUAAUAUCAUUCAUCAAAAGAUCACUAAUGACAACCAAAAUGAUGGCAACAGACAAAUGGAAGAAAAUGUCAAAAGAACAUCUAUUGAAGUAAGUAAAUUACCGCGACACAAAACGCGUCAUCAUCACGGUGAAUGGUCUAAACGAAAUUAUUUCAUUCAUUAUCGCUCGGAACCUAUUGGCUAUCCGACUGUCUCAUAGAAACAAAACAUGUAAUUAUAAUUAUAUAUAUCAUUAUCUCAUCGUUAAAUCUUAUAUUCUUAAAUAAUAUUGACGAAUUGUACUAUCUCAAACUAUUUAUUGAAUGUAUUAUUAUUGAAUAUACAUAUGCAACAAUUAUAUAUCUUUCAUUUAUAAUAAUUUACAAUAAAAUAUUUGUGU